AUGGAUCAGCAGCUCCAGGUCGCGCGCGCGCGCUGGCGCGCCGCGGCCGCCGCGUUCGGCGUCCUCCUCAUGCUCAUCUCGCCUCUCUCGAUUCUGCACUUGAGGAGAAAACAGAGAACCGAUGACAUCGUGCUCGCGUCGCUCGUGCAGCUCGACGACUUCGUCGCGUCCGCGGACGACGUCGAGCUCGAGACGCUCGUGCAGUUCGACGACCUCAUCGACGACUUCGCCGCGUUGGACGCCGCCGCGGACGACGCCGCCGCCGCGGACGACGCCGCCGCGGACGACGCCGCCGCGGACGACGACGCCGCCGCGGACGACGACGCCGCCGCGGACGACGACAACCUCGCGCUCGCGAGCGCGACGGACGAGUACGCGACGACGGCGACGUGCGGCCAGCACAAGUCCCCGAACCACGACCGCGUGCCGGACUGCACGCACUGGGACCAGGGCAGCUGCGGCAACGCGUGCUGCGUCGCCGAGAUAGACGUCGCUGGCGGCGUCGACGCGACGUACCUCGCGCUCAGGGCGUACCUGGAGUCCGGCGGCGGCGACGGCGGCUACGCCAAGGCGUCGAAGCGCGACGCGUCCGGCCACGUCUCCGAGGACGACCAGGGCGACUACCCGUUCGGCUUCGACCCGCCGCUGCCGUGGCGCUUCACGACGUCGGCGACGCACGCGACGUCCGGCGGUUACGUCGACGCGCUCUACUUGUCCGUCGGCGAGACCGGGAGCGGGUCCAAGGUGCGCAUGUCGUCGACGAGCACGAUCAACGGCGCGCUCGGCGACAUGGGCCAGAACUACAAGAACCUCGCCUUCCUCUGCGAUGGCCUGGGCUGGAGCGCGCCGACCAUCAAGUUCGGGUGCGGGUACCGGUCGUAA